CGUGUGCCUCAGUGACGGCCCCUAACUUGCCCCGACCGUAGCGGUUCCGCCGGGUUUAAAGAUCGACUCCGGCUUUAGUCCGAGUCUGGACCGGAGUGUGCCACGGUGCCGGUUCGGGCUGGACCCGCCAGACAGCCUGCCUCUCUGUCUCUCUGCCGAGACAUGUUUCACGUCAGACGGCCGAACACCCGCUUGAGCUCCACCAUCGCCUCGACUAAGAGAUAGCCAGUCUUCACGAACGCGGGUGGAAUGACGAACCCCCCUCCUCUCGGGUGACACAUCGACGGACGGAGAAGAUGCAUUGGGCAGGUGGAUACGCCGUUUGGAUCCUAGUGUCUGCUGUCGCCACUCAGACCACUGUCAACUCAACGGCUUAUUUGGAUGGGAACCAAACGGAAAACGGCACAGUGCUGCUCGGCGGUUUCGUCCCCAUGGUGUUCACUAGAGUGAGCCAGAUCAUCGCCCGGGAGGGGAACUGCGCGCUGAUUGACUGCAAUGUCACCGGAGACCCUUUCCCCAACAUACAAUGGUUCAACUCGCAUGGACAUCGCUUGGACACCGAGGCGAGUGGUGGAAAGUGGUGGCUGUUGGAGAAUGGUGUUCUCAACAUCACCAGCAUCGAGUUCGCUGACCGGGGCAAGUACACAUGCAUGGCAUCCAAUGUGCACGGCAGUACCAACUGUACAGUGACCCUGCGGGUGGUCUUCACCAAUGGUGACAUGGGUGUCUACUACAUGGUGGUGUGCCUAGUCACCUUCACCAUCAUCAUGGCCCUCAACGUCACCCGGCUCUGCAUGAUGAGCAGCCACCUGAAGAAGACCGAGAAGGCAAUCAACGAGUUCUUCUGCACCGAGGGGGCUGAGAAACUCCAGAAGGCCUUUGAGAUCGCUAAGCGUAUCCCCAUCAUCACCUCAGCCAAGACCCUGGAGCUGGCCAAAGUGACCCAGUUCAAAACCAUGGAGUUUGCACGGUACAUUGAGGAGCUUGCCCGCAGCAUCCCGCUGCCACCGCUCAUUAUGAACUGCCGCACCUUUAUGGAGGAGAUCCUGGAGGUGGUCGGGGUAGAGGAGAUGAGGCAUACCUUCGUCCGACAGGCGCCGGAGGGACACCAUGAUGCAGAGGGCAGGGUGGCAUCCAUUGGUGCUGGGGACGUCUUUACUAUCCUACGGGAAAGAGGGAGGGAGCGGAGUGGAUCUCCAACGGCCGAUUCAGACAACUCCUCGCUCCACGAGCCACCGCAGCACCUCGCCAUCCAGGUUUCAGUGCACCCCUCACUGGCCACAGGAGAGUACUGCAGCAUAGAGGCCCCGCCCCAGACAGAGGCCACGCUCGCCUCCCCACCACCGCUGCCUCCUCUGCACAUCACAAAGGAGCCGCAGGAGGAUGGAGAGCAAAUUUCUGAACAGCCGGAGCCGGAGCUGGAUCUGGAGCCGGAGCCGGAGCCAGAGCCGGCCCCAACGAAUACAGUUCCUCCUUGCCAGGUCUUCUAUGAGAGCCAUGUGUGAUGAAUUAACAACAGCAUUGAAUAACAACUGUUCAAGAAAGAACUCAAAAGACACAAACCCAGGAGUAUGGAGAAAUACUACCGCUAUGCAUUUCCAUUCAGAACGGUCAAGGAUUUGAUUAAUUCACUCUUCGGAACGGAAUAGUCAUACUUUCAACUUACCUUAACUGAAAUCUCUCCUGACUAUUUUUGCGUAUUCUGCAAAGAAUAAAUCAUAUCGUUUUUAGAUAUUUUAGCAUACUCAGUCAUUCUUAAGGACUCAUGUUUGAAUGUACUUGGUAGGGGGUAAUCAUCAAUGUUCUCAUUUAAUACAUAAGGAAUUGUAGAGGGACUUUCUGUUGUUAUUGUUAUAGCAGAUUAUUUAAUGAAAUUUGUUCUCCAGAAUUUUUAUUUCGCUUUUUGACAA